AUGUUGCUUGAUUGGGUGUUUGCAUUUGCCUAUAGUGCUGUGAUGAAUACCAACCCAAACGACUCGUUGUUCCCGACCUUUGCCGAAAAAGUGGAGUUGCGCAAUUUAUCAGCUGGAAACAUCAAUGAUGAAGAAAUUGGAAAUGAGACUACCCAAGAUAGUACUUUGAAAGCAAAGGUAGAUUCCAGCAAAAAAGUCACCAAGUACUUUCAAGCACUUUUGGAGCGACUAAUUAAGACAAGCGAGGAGCUUGUAGGUCCGAACGAAAUGGCUAGAGCUGCCGGUUUGUAUCAGGAUGAUGAAGAUUUUAGCGAGGAAUUUGAUGGCAGCAGCUGCGUCGGUACAACUAGUGUCAACAAUGAGCCAGGAAUAUUCAAUCUGACAGGAGAAGAAGAAACGGUUGGAUUGGAUCCCCCAGCCAAUGCUGCCUAUUACUAUAGCGGUUUGCUUCAUAAGCACGGCAUUUCAGCCGGACUCUCAACACAUUCGGCUAAGCGCUCUGCAGUCGAAAUGGCAAAUGAAAGUGCUCUAUUGCUCACAACAUGGGUAUGCUUCCGGGCAGGAUGGCUGAUGAAAGCAGUGCAUACUAUUUUUGAUUACCUAUCAUUUAAUCCGAAAAAUGAUCGACAAGUUUCGAGGGUGUUCAGCGAAUGGAAUACGCCAUCUUUUCGUGGUGAGAUACUAGGUGGGCGUCCUCCAAGACUCCAUCCCAUUCGACUUCAGGGAUUUAAAGAAGCAGAGAAGGUUCGUUGUUUUGUUGCUGCACUAUUUGUGAACUACGAAGACAAAGGCAUAGACUCCAAUAUAUUUUGCACCAUUGACGAUCGGAAAAAUCGACUUCGUGAGUUACGAAAUCUGUAUGAUCUCUUGACGGCAACUAUUCUCCGUUAUCUGCCCAAGUUUGUCAAAGUCCUUCAAGAACAUCCAAAUCCGUCUCACCCAUUCCGACAAGGUCAACGCACUUGUAUCGAAAAGCACCCGUUUCUGUUACGAAUCCUUAAGGCAAGUCAAACAGCAGGCAUCUUGUGGGAUGAGUUGAAAGCAUGGAGUACUUUGGUUCAGAAAGACUUUCUCGAGAGAAAUUUUGAGUCAGCAAGCUGGUCUGAGAUGCUAGAGGUUGUCGGGGAGGAGCAAUUUUCUGCGGAUCCUAGGACACUGGGAGGUUACAUGGAAACAACGAAUCGGACUAUGAAUACUAUUCAGCUGGGACAGAGCAGGAUGCUGGAGACUACAAGCAUUCAUGAUGCCCGACUUAAGGAGCUAACUACCACUGUCAGCAUACAAGGGCAAGCAAUUGAGGAAUGCAGGCAAGCGCUUGCAGAGAUAAAGACAUUGCUAAAAGAGGCUCUGGGGAAACCAGAUAUCCUUAUCCCUGCCAUCAAUCAGGGUCAGGAACAACUACCCAUCAAUCCUUCUGCAGCAGAAAGAAUGCUAGAAAUAGACCAGCAGGUACUCCCAGUGUAUUCUCUUCCCGAGAAGCUCAAGGAUAUGGACCUCACGGAUUUAUUUCAGCAAUGGCAUUUUCAACAGUGGCAUUUGCAGAUGUAUAGCGGUGGAACCAAACAGAGGGGCAUUUCGAGUCAAAUUCGCUUUGGAAUGGAGUACUUUUCUCUGUUCCUUCCGGCACAGGUACCUCCGUUGCCUACAGCUCGUACCAAAUUCAAAGGACCAUGUUUGACCAUGGCAACUUUGUCUUCACUGUCAGAUCAACGUUUCUCCCGCGCUAGCCUUUAUACAUCCCUUGAUUCAUAUGAUGAUAAAGAGGAUUCGGAAUCGACCAAGAAACACAAGGCUCCUUCCUUGGCGAAGGCAUCGAACCAGUUAUGUCAGUUUUACGAAAUAGUUUCGCAAGACUAUCAUAGAAAUUGUUCGUCGUCGGAGGCGCGCAACACGGCGAGUCGCCCUUUGGCGGCAUCGGAACUUUCGGAUCGUGUUUUAACCAAAAGCUUGACCCUGAUAGGAGGGGGAUAUAAUAAAGGGCUACAGAGUAGUGGCAGAAGGCGGAAGACGAACGCUAAGAAAAAACGCAGGCGCCGGAAAGCAACGAAGUGGACGGAUUUGUCGUCGACGCAACUCGGCUUUGUCCAGAAGCUCAAUAUAUGUUGGAACGAUUAUGUAUGGAAGAUUUUGAAGUGUACCAGAGGAAUCAACAUCCCAGUCGCUUCCCUGAAUGCUCUGAAGCAAGCUAGAUUGGAAUGGAUGGGGGCCCGGGUUCGGGUCGAAUCCUGUAUGUCAAAUCCGUCUUGGUGUAAGCGAAGAGGCAUCGUGGUACAAAUAACCAAGGAAACUUGGGUUGUUGCGUUAGACCAAUCAUUGCCUUCUUCUGAAGGAGUUUCGACAAAAGUCAAUGAGACGAGCAUACGCGGGGCGCAGACAAUUAUUCUCCCGAAGCGCGGAACAGCGCUUGUAGCGCUCCUUCCUUUACCUAUUGAAGAGAACAAUCCACAGGAAG